AUGAGCGACACGCGCUCGAUGCCGGCCGUGCUGCCAUUCAGUGUGGACACCUGGACAACGGAAACGGCAUCCAAGGCGCAGUUUUUGACUCAUGCUCACAAGGAUCAUACCGUGGGCAUCAGCCAGAACGCACGCCACAUGUACUGCACGGCCACUACCCUGCACCUCCUGCGCAUCAAGUUCCCCGAGCUGGCGGCCGCCAUUGACCGGGGUGACGUGCAAGUGACAGUCCUGCGGGACCCGGGGGAUAGUGCCAUCGGGGACACACUACACCUGUGGUCCGCUGGCGCCUGCGGCGGCUACCCCUACAGCGUAACGCCGCUGUUCCUGGCCAACCACUGUGCAGGCGCCGUGAUGCUGCUGUUUGAGAGCGAAGUGUGGGGCUCCAUCCUCCACACUGGCGACUGCCGCGUCACCUCGCGUCAGCUGCCUGACCUGGCCGCGGCUCUAGACGAGCUGCUCGGGGAGGGGCCGCACCUGGGGCUGCUGUGUCUGGACGUGACAGCGGGAGGCGGUCAAGACGGUGCCGACACCCUGGUGUGCGGGUGGGCACAGGGGUCUUGUGCUGUCAUCAUGCUGACGGGCGCCCUGCCACAAUUGUGA